CACGACUAUUGCAAGACGACUCUGCUUACGAUUGUGGGCAACGUAUCUCAGCGUUGGGGCUACCAUCCGAGACAUGGCGUUGAUGUAUGAAAAUGGGAAGAGGAAGGCUUCCGAUGAUGCCUCAACCUCGCGAUCUAAGAAGGCGCGAACGGAAUCGCCAUCAUUAGAAGAUGUAACAAAGAAUUCCGACUCCGGCUCCGACCCCCCCAUUACUCCUACUCCUGUGGUAUUUCCUGAAAAGCCUGCCGUCAUCGAAGAGAAACAAGGCAUUAUUGAGUUCAGAGUGGUCAACAAUGACAAUUCCCGCGAGCAUAAUAUUAUCCUAACCGGUCUAAAAUGCAUAUUCCAGAAACAACUGCCCAAAAUGCCCAAGGACUAUAUAGCACGCUUGGUGUACGACAAAACCCAUCUAUCGAUCGCCAUCAUCAAGCAGCCAUUAGAGGUCGUGGGAGGGAUCACAUACAGGCCGUUCAACUCGCGCAAGUUUGCCGAGAUUGUGUUUUGUGCCAUCUCUUCCGAUCAGCAGGUCAAAGGUUAUGGUGCUCACCUGAUGGCCCAUUUAAAAGACUAUGUCAAGGCCACCUCGCCCAUCAUGUACUUCUUGACAUAUGCCGAUAACUAUGCGAUCGGCUACUUCAAAAAACAGGGCUUCACCAAAGAGAUUACGCUGGAGAAAUCAAUAUGGAUGGGCUACAUUAAAGAUUAUGAAGGAGGGACGAUCAUGCAGUGCAGCAUGUUGCCCAAGAUACGGUAUUUGGAAGUCCCUCGGAUGCUGCAGAAACAGAAGGAAGCAGUGAUGGCCAAGAUCCGGGCUGUCAGCAAGUCGCACAUCGUACACCCACCACCAGCGCAAUGGAAGAAUGGAAUCGUGGAAAUUGACGCCAUGUCGAUACCGGCCAUCAAGGAAUCUGGGUGGUCACCAUCCAUGGAUGAGUUGUCACGUCAGCCUCGACAUGGACCAAAUUACAACCAACUUCUCCAUCUAUUGAAUGACAUGCAGAAUCACACAUCGGCCUGGCCUUUUGCGCAACCAGUUAAUAAGGAUGAAGUUCCUGAUUACUACGAGGUCAUCAAAGAGCCGAUGGAUUUGUCUACCAUGGAGGAUCGACUGCAGAAUGACCUCUAUCCCCGACCCGAAGAUUUCAUCAAAGACUCCAAGCUGAUUUUUGACAAUUGUCGGCGCUACAACAACGAGACGACGCCGUACGCAAAGAGUGCCAACAAGCUAGAGAAAUUCAUGUUCCAGCAAAUUAGAAAUAUCCCCGAGUGGUCGCAUUUGGCGGAUUGAAGUGUCGAGCCCACGCGCUAUGGCGAAGACAAUUACUACUAUUACAUGAGUAGCCUCGAUAUGAUUCAUGAUUGAUGGCGUUGACGAUACCCUGAAGUGCAUGCCAUCGCGAGGGGCUGGAGCUAAGCCUGGAGCCUAUAAUCAAGAAAAGGUCUUUGAGCAAAUUUUACGUGUUGGCAGUCUUUGAUGCUAUAUGGAUUCACGUGUAUUAGCAGGUCUUGGUUGGGGGGAUGCGAUGACACGAGACAGAUACACACCUUGAUCAUAUCCAUCAACCAUGCCUUCGUACCUCGCACCUAGAC